AUGACCGCAGCGGGUGAAGACACAGCUCCACCCGCUGGCCCACCGUCCCACAGUGGUAGCAGGUUGGAAUGGAGAAAUCAGUCAACCGAUGUGUGCUUCUCAGUGCUAAGUGUCAGCUUGCUCAGACCUCAUUUUCUUUGUGUCUUCAUAUAUCAAUGUUCCAGCCAGCGGCGCUGCCUGAGACUUCUGCGGAAGACGCCGCAGGUAGUGGAGCUGCGUCUGGGCGACUGGGAGCAGCCGUCACGACCGCUCACGUUGGUGCGGCAGCAGCAGGCCGGAGGCAGCUGUGGACCCAUCCCGGGACGUCUCUCCCUGCUUCCUCGAAGGGGCAGCACUGUGGGCCUCCUGCUGCGCGGCUGCGGUGGCAACUCUGUGCUCAGCUGGGACUGUCGUGACCACCAGGAACAGUUACAACUGAUGCUGGGAUGUGGCUCGGACGUUCACCGAUUCAGGUGCCAUGGCAGCUGGGAGGAAAACAGCACACGCCUGCUAGUGGCAAGUGCUGUGUCUAGCCCGCAGCACUACUGCAUCAUCGUGUUGGCGCAGCGUGUGCAGUUUGCCGAGAGUCCCCCUGCAUGCGUCCCGUGCCUUCCCUGGCCGUGGCUGUCGUUCGAGCUCACACGCACUGACAGCUGUGAUUCGCAAGAAACUGGUGCAGCUGCUGGCCUGUGGCACCCAUUAACUCUUUUGGUGUUGCCACUUGCAGUCCAGAGGCUCUCCUAGGUGGUGCUGUGGACAGCAAGCUGCACAACAGUGUCCGUGCUGACCUUGUGUGUUUGUGCGCUAUAACAGAAAACCAGGCUGUGUCUGUUGUAGGAAGAAAACUUCACAGUCAAAUUCAACUUUAGAACUC